AUGUGUGUCUGUGUGUGUGUUAUUUACACUGUGGUGUUGGGGUUGCUGCUCACACGUGCCGCUGCCUGUCGUCUUUGUCCUGCUUCACAGCUCCUCUGGCUGCCAUGGGCACUGCCUACAGGGAGAGGAGCUGACUGCCGCCUUUGCCAUUUCCUCGCAUCCCUCGCAGCAGUCUUCACCAGCAGCUAGUCGGUGCAUCGCGGGGGAAAUAUCAGUCUUUUCACCGAGGCACAAUGACCGGAUUCCCGUAGGCGAUACCCAGCGACGGCUGCCCACCUGGAGGAUGCUGGGAUGGUGUGUGUUUUCAGCGUCUCCACCGGACAGAUUUCUUAUGGAUGAUGCGCAGAGGUGUUUUCUUUAUGUUUCACCCUGAUCUGGAAAACCCCCAUCCCAUCAGGAGAUCCAUGACCCGGUUUCUGCACCGUUGUCAUCAUGUCCCCAGCAUCGGCUGCAACGGCCAGUGAAAGCAGCACCACCACCGUCCCCGAGGAGGAGCAGGACAGCCCGAGAGAGGAGCAGCGGCCUCAGAAACAGUCCCUCACUAAAUCUUUGUGUCAGGAAACCCACUGGAAAUGCCUGCUGCUGUCACUGUUGAUGUAUGGCUGCGUCGGGGUGAUGGCCUGGUGUCAGGUGACCAAGGUCACACGCCUCUCCUUCGACAGCGCUUACAAGGGAAAGUCUAUGAUGUAUCAUGACAGCCCCUGCGCCAAUGGUUACAUCUACAUCCCUCUGGCCUUCCUGGUCAUGCUCUAUGUGGUCUACCUGGUGGAGUGUUGGCACUGCUACACCAGGAACGAUCUGCAGUACAAGGUGGAUGUGGACAGUGUGGCAGAGCGCAUCCAGCGGAUGCAGCAGGCUACGCCCUGCAUCUGGUGGAAGGCCAUUAGCUACCAUUAUAUCAGGAGGACACGGCAGGUGACACGCUAUCGUAACGGUGAUGCCUACACCACCACGCAAGUCUACCACGAGAGAGUCAACACCCAUGUAGCUGAAGCGGAGUUUGACUAUGGGAACUGUGGGGUUAAGGACAUCUCAAAGCACCUGCUGGGUCUGGAGGAUUUCCCCAUCACCAGGCUGAGGUUCACUAAGUGCUUUAGCUUCGCCAACGUGGAGUCAGAGAACUCUUACCUGACGCAGCGGGCCCGGUUCUUCACAGAGAACGAGGGCCUGGAUGACUACAUGGAGGCCCGUGAGGGGAUGCACCUGAAGAAUGUAGACUUUAAGGAGUAUAUGAUUGCUUUUUCUGACCCGAAUCACCUUCCCUGGUAUGCAGCCAACUCCACUUUCUGGGUGGCGGCUGCUUUCACCCUGUCCUGGCCUCUGCGGGUGCUGACUGAGUACCGCACAGCCUGUGUACACUACCAUGUUGAGAAGCUGUUUGGCUUUGACUAUGUGCCAGUGACACCGUCUGAGGAGCGACCACAUUGCAGACACAUCCCACGAGUCAACACCAUCGACAGCACGGAGCUGGAGUGGCACAUCCGCUCCAACCAGCAGCUGGUGCCCAGCUACUCCGAGGCCGUUCUAAUGGACCUGGCCCAGCUCUCGGGGAGCUGUAACAAUUACUCCAUAUGUGGAGGCUACGGUAGCUACAGGCAGAACUGUGAACGCUGUCACCGUGCCAUCAGCAGCUCCUCCAUCUUUUCUCGCAGUGCCCUCAGCAUCUGCAACACAGGAAGCCCACGUAUCCCCUUCAGUGCCAGCCGCUUCUCACUGGGUCGGCUGUACGGUUCCAGGCGGAGCUGCUUGUGGAGGAGCAGCGGGAGCUUGAAUGAGCGGUCAUGCCCCACAGAGAGCACGCGCUGUCUGUCAGGCCAGCAGACCAGUGAGGAGAACCCUCCAGCCUAUCAGGAUGCUCUGUACUUCCCGGUGCUCAUUGUACAUCGCAACGAAGGCUGCCUCAACCACGACCACCGCUCCCUGCACAGAAAUGGAUCCUGUGUGGAGACUUCUCUAUGACACACAACUUAUCAGAGCAAGGAAUAUAAGGAUACAUUCUUUACACCACGUCAGGCUAACAUUGACUUUUGCUUCUCCCUUAUACAACAGACAUAACUCACUCACAAACAAGGAUUUGUUCAAGUUGCUAAUGGUACUGUAGCCUCAAACAAACAGGAGACAGCAUACGUGGGAAAGUCUUCACAGUACAGUCAGUAAGUCAGGGAAAAAGAAACUUGAUUCUGUCGAUGAUACUGUUUUUUAAUGCGGCUUUUGAGGACAAAAAUUGCCAAAGUGUCACGUUCUCCUCCUGAAGCGUCUAUAAGGACAAGACACAGAUAACCAAGGAAUACCAAGGGGAGUCACAUCCUACUGUAAAUGCCAUAUUUGUAGAUCUUAGUCACAGGCAAUUUACAAAGACAUGAGUAACACUUUCUAGUAUUUGAAGCCUGACACGGGUUUUGACUCAGCGGUAGCCUAAGAAAUUGCCAAGAAAUGAAAAGAGAUAUGACAAUUAAUGGAGGUCUGAAUGAGGAAUUAUAUAUUGAGAAAGUCACUGACUUACACAUCACGUGAGCAAUGAUUUCAUGUGAGUCACUGGGACAACAAAAUAUUGUCUCAUGGCUCCUAUAAAGUGAAGUUAACUUAGGCCCAAAUCUACAAUCUAAACAUCUGCAUGAAAAACUUUUUUGAUACUGGCUGAUUUUAAUGUGUUCUUUCAAAGUAAAUGCUCACGGAAAUCCAUUUACAAAGGAAUACAUUUCCAUAGUAAAAAAAUAAACGUCUGAUGCAGAAGCUGAAAUGUCAAGUUAGCUGAAAUCGGCUUGGCUGGGAUGACAUUAUACGUCCUGGCUUGCUAUAUAUAGCAGCACAGUGGAUGAAUAAUUUAGCACAGGAGGGCUAAAGGACACGAGAACUUAAAACUGAAUCAACAACAAGUUUCAAGCUGUUAAUUACUUUAAACUGUAUGUUUUCUAUAAUGGGCAACUACUCAGUAGAAAAAAAAACUCCCCAUGAUAUUAAUAGAUUAGUGUCAGCUCAGUUAAGUUAAAAUCUCAAAGAUGCAUUUAAUUUCAUAUUUGGCAAUAUUUUUAUUCAGCCUACCUCCUUAUUUAAGUGCCUAGCGAACUGUUUCUGACAAGCAUAAGCUAUCAUAACUCUCAUCUUCCCAUUAAAACACGUUGAAUUUCCACUUAUAAUAGCACAUGGUGUACAAUACAUAAAAGAAACAUGUUGUCAUUAUUGUUAAAAAUACAUUAAGUUCUAAGAAUCAGACCAUAAACGUUUUAAGAUGAUUUCCCUCAUAAUGUAACACAGCUCUCGUGUACUGUUGCUGCUGCUGAUGCGUAUCAGAGAGACAGCGAGAGAGCUGGCCAUCAAAGAUGCUAGAGAUAGGCAGAGGCCUGGAUUCACUACUGAUAGUGUCAGAUUUAAUAAUACGACAGGAUCACUUUAAAGAACCAAAAAAAAAAAGCAACCUUCCUCUCAAAUGAGCGCAUGCAGUGUCUUAUUCAUGGUGAAUUUCAUUUUACAGCCAAGCCAUGCGCAACAGUAAAUGUCUAAUAGAGAAAGUGAUAAAAAUCAGGCAUGCCAGAACCUUUAAAACAAAUUUUAUAUAGGAAUUAGUAACAAUUUUGCUGUUUUUAAGAGAUAUUUAUGUACAAACCAGCUUCCAUCUCACAAGCCCUGCAGUGAAAGAUAAACUGGCAGAUCAUGCUCCACCAUUAAAGGAACAGUGUGUAAAAUGUAGGGGGAUAUAUUGGCAGAAAUGGACUUGUCUUCACAAUAAUGAGCCUGUACUGUAUAUCGUGACCAAUUAGCCAUACUCAUUACAUUCCAUGUUAAGUUUGGAGUUGGGGAUUAUCUUUAUAGCAAUACUA